GCCGAUGGGAGGUGAUUCAGCUCAUCUCGCCCAGGUCGCCCACUCGCUGGGGCUACAGCUCACAGUCUCUCCGGCGCAGUCCUUGGAGCGGGGAGGUGCGGUUCCUAGUUUCCUCUUAAAGUGAAACUGUCCGGGAAAGGAUCCGGGAUUUCGCCCUUGUCGGAACAGAGGAGGAUUUAAAAAAAAAAAGGAAAAAAACAAACAAGUGGCCGAGCAUUUUUUUUCAUGAGACACUAAAUCACACACUUUCUGUCUGUCAGCGGAUUGAGUGUUUUCCACCAUGCCGGUGUUCCACACGAAGACCAUCGAGAGUAUCUUGGAGCCCGUGGCUCAGCAGAUCUCCCACUUGGUGAUCAUGCACGAGGAGGGUGAGGUGGACGGCAAAGCCAUUCCCGACCUCAUGGCCCCCGUGGCCGCCGUGCAGGCGGCUGUCAGCAACCUCGUCCGGGUGGGGAAGGAGACGGUUCAGACGACAGAGGACCAGAUCAUGAAGCGGGACAUGCCCCCAGCCUUCAUCAAGGUAGAGAAUGCCUGCACCAAGCUGGUCCAGGCAUCCCAGAUGCUCAGUGCAGACCCCUACUCGGUCCCUGCCCGCGAUUAUCUCAUUGAUGGAUCGCGGGGGAUUCUCUCAGGGACCUCGGACCUGCUUCUCACGUUUGACGAAGCUGAGGUUCGCAGAAUCAUCCGUGUAUGCAAAGGAAUCCUGGAGUUCCUAACCGUGGCGGAGGUGGUGGAGAGCAUGAACGACUUGGUUACUUACACCAAAAACCUUGGACCAGGCAUGACGAAAAUGGCCAAGAUGAUUGACGAGCGGCAGCAGGAACUCACUCACCAGGAACACCGGGCCAUGCUGGUGAACUCCAUGAAGACUGUUAAGGAGCUGCUCCCUGUUCUCAUAUCAGCCAUAAAGAUCUACGUGACAACAAAGAGUACAAGAGGCCAUGGUGUGGAGGAAGCGCUGAAGAACCGCAACUUCACAUUUGAAAAGAUGAGCUCGGAGAUCAACGAGAUCAUCCGUGUGCUGCAGCUCACCUCCUGGGACGAGGACGCCUGGGCCAACAAGAAGGACACAGAGGCCAUGAAGAGAGCGUUGGGAAUCAUCGACUCUAAGAUGAACCAGGCCAAAAGCUGGCUGCGGGAUCCCAAUGGCCAACCAGGGGAUGCGGGGGAGCAGGCAGUGCGGCAGAUCCUGGAUGAGGCCGGGAAGGUCGGCGAGUUGUGCGCAGGGAAGGAGCGUCGUGAUAUCCUUGGCACGGCUAAGACGCUGGGCCAGAUGACAGACCAGGUGUCAGAACUGAGGGCCAGGGGGCAGGGUGCCACACCUGUGGUCUUGCAGAGGGCCCAGCAGGUAGCCCAGGGGCUGGACAUCCUCACAGGCAAGGUGGAGAAUGCCACUCGCAAGCUGGAGGCCAUGACCAACUCCAAACAGGCCAUCGCCAGGAGGGUGGACACUGCUCAGAGCUGGCUGGCAGACCCUAACGGUGGGCCAGAGGGGGAGGAGAAUAUCCGGGCCUUACUGGCAGAGGCCAAGCGGAUUGCGGACCUGUGCGAGGACCCUAAAGAGAGAGAUGACAUCCUGCGUUCAGUUGGGGAGAUCGCUGCCCUCACUGGAAAGCUCACUGAGCUGCGCAGACUGGGGAAAGGCAGCACACCUGAGGCUAGAGCACUGGCCAGGCAGGUUGGUGCCGCCCUGCAGAACCUGCAGUCCAAAGCAGCCCGCGCUGUGGCUAACAGCCGGCCCGCCAAGGCCGCUGUGCAUCUGGAAGGGAAGAUGGAGCAAGCCCAGCGCUGGAUUGACAACCCCACCCUGGAUGACCGCGGAGUGGGCCAGGCUGCUAUCCGUGGGCUUGUAGCAGAGGGCCGAAGGCUGGCCAUCACAACCCCGGGGCCCUGCCGCCAGGAACUGCUGGGCCGUUGCGAGCGUGUGGAGCAGCUUAUGGGCCAACUGGCGGAGCUGGCUGCACGAGGUCAAGGUGACGCACCCCCUGCACGGGCUAUAGCUGAGCAACUUCAGGAAGCCCUGAAAGACCUGAAAGGGAAGAUGCAGGAGGCAAUGACCCAGGAAGUGUCAGACAUCUUCAGUGAUACCACCACUCCUAUCAAGCUGCUGGCAGUGGCUGCCACUGCUCCCCUAGAUGCCCCGAACAGGAACGAGGUAUUUGAGGAAAGGGCUGCCAACUUCGAGGGCCAUGCCACCAGGCUGGGUGCAACAGCUGAGAAGGCGGCUGCAGUUGGGGCUGCCAAUAAGAGCACUGUGGAGGGUAUCCAAGCUGCUGUGAAGUCAGCCAGGGAGCUGACGCCACAGGUCGUGUCAGCUGCACGUAUUCUACUGAAGAACCCUGGGAAUCAGGCAGCCUAUGAGCACUUUGAGACCAUGAAGAACCAGUGGAUCGACAAUGUGGAGAAAAUGACAGGUUUGGUGGAUGAGGCCAUAGACACCAAGUCGUUGCUGGAUGCCUCUGAAGAGGCCAUCAAGAAGGACAUUGACAAGUGUCGCGUGGCAAUGGCCAAUGUGCAACCUCAGAUGUUGGUUGCUGGGGCCACAAGUAUUGCUCGACGGGCCAACCGCAUCUUGCUGGUGGCCAAACGGGAAGUUGAGAACUCUGAGGACCCCAGGUUUGGCGAGAUGGUGAAGGCUGCCUCAGAUGAGCUCAGCAGGACCAUCUCACCCAUGGUUAUGGAAGCCAAGGCUGUGGCAGGCAACAUUCAGGACCCAAACCUGCAGAAGGGUUUCCUGGACUCAGGUUAUCGGAUCCUGGGUGCUGUAGCCAAAGUAAGGGAAGCCUUCCAACCUCAAGAGCCAGAUUUUCCACCGCCACCACCAGAUCUGGAUCAACUGCACGUUCAUGAUGAAAUGGCCCCUCCUAAACCACCCCUCCCAGAGGGUGAGGUACCUCCUCCCAGGCCACCUCCCCCAGAGGAGAAGGAUGAGGAGUUCCCUGAGCAGAAGGCUGGAGAGAUGGUCAGUGAGCCCAUGAUGGUGGCUGCCCGGCAGCUUCAUGAUGAGGCCCGCAAAUGGUCCAGCAAGCCUGAUGUCCCAGAUGAGGGUUUUGAGGCCGCUGAGGCGGAUAUGUAUGUUUAUGAUGAGGAUGAAGCUGAUUUCACAGACAAUGAAGAUGAUUAUGAGGCAGAGCUUCUCUUAAUGCCCACGAACCAACCGGUUAACCAGCCAAUGCUGGCUGCUGCUCAGUCUUUACACCGAGAGGCUCGCAAGUGGUCCAGUAAGGGUAACGACAUCAUUGGCGCAGCCAAGCGAAUGGCCUUGCUGAUGGCCGAGAUGUCUCGGCUGGUCCGCGGAGGCAGCGGGAACAAGCGUGCCCUCAUCCAGUGUGCCAAAGACAUUGCCAAGUCUUCUGAUGAGGUCACCCGAUUGGCCAAGGAAGUGGCUAAGCAGUGCACAGACAAGCGCAUCCGUACCAACCUGCUUCAGGUCUGUGAGAGAAUCCCUACCAUCAGCACUCAACUGAAGAUCCUCUCCACCGUGAAGGCCACCAUGCUAGGUCGUACCAAUAUCAGUGAAGAGGAGUCGGAGCAGGCUACGGAGAUGCUGGUCCACAAUGCCCAGAACUUGAUGCAGUCAGUGAAGGAGACUGUGAGGGAGGCUGAGGCAGCUUCCAUCAAGAUCCGAACAGAUGCGGGGUUCACCCUGCGCUGGGUCAGAAAAACUCCUUGGUAUCAGUAAGCAGUGUCCCCUGCCACCUUGCCCUCCCCAAAGACAACAGAACGGUGAGCACAUCUAGAACUCUGCACUUCCUGGACACAAUCCUCCAGGUUGGGGGCUUCGUUUGGACAUCGUUUUUGAUGUAUUGGAUUACUGUUAGGUUAAUUACUUUGGGAUUGCUUUUGUUCAGUUUGUUUGCAGCUGCUGUUAUCGUCACAUAUGGCAGAAGGCACUGUAGUAAGACCCCUUUAAAAUGCACGUUCGUGGUAUGUUGGACUGUGAGGAAUGUAGUCUGCCCUGAGGUAUACGGUUCGCAUGGGAAGUUAAGGCUUUGCCUUUGUAGUGUAACAGGAGCUUGAUUUGGACUUUCUUGUUCUAACAUGGGAAUUCUUUUGUGUAAAGUCCAUAUUUCGAUUACCUGCAAUUAUUUCCUUGUACUUUGAAGUACCACCUUUGGCCAUACACAAGGUAACGGUGUUAGAUUUGUUAUGGCCAUUUACAGUAACCACAUUUUUUUUUUUCUUCCCCCUUAAUAAAAAUGUUAGUCUUAAUGUGGUAUUUAUUUAAAGGUAGUACCGGGCUUUUUUUUUUGCCGCAAUUAGAUAUUUAGGUGAGUUUAUUUUACAUCGGAAAUGAAGCCAAAGAUUUUCUUUCAUGCUUGAUUUGUUUCCUUUAUAUUUAGCCAUAUCUGAAAGCACUGUUUAACCAAACACUAGAUUUUGAAUGGGGGAUAGAAAAGUGUGAUUUGAUCUUGGUGUACAAUAAGCAUUGUAAACACCUGUUUUAAUGGAAGUUAAGUUAGCAUGCAGUAUAUUGCUGUACAGUUACUAGUCAUUUCCAUCUGGAAAUAGAGUAACUUGGGCCAAUUGCACUGUUUCCCUGUCUACUAAAUGCCCCAAAACAUAAGUUAAUGCUGAUGAUUUGUAUGUUUUCACACUUGUACAAAAGUCACCAUUUGCUUUCAAGAACUAUUUCUAGUAAGUCCCUGGUGGACUAUGUCUGAAACUGAGUAGCUGUGCUUAUGUAUGUCGUUUUACAGAUGUACAUGAAUGCGUUUCCUUACUUUCAGAUACUGCCAGUGCCUCGUCUUUGAAAUGAUACAGAAGGUAAUAUUCAAAUAGUCAACUGAUGGAAUGAUUUCCUGUUUCUGAUAACCUUCUGUUUUUUUUGAAUGUAAAUAUGAUACAAUCUUGAUUUAUAGUGCCUCAUAAAGCCAUCUGAUUUAUGUGCCUUUGAAUAAAGUUUUGUAAUUUCUUGCCUUA